CUCUCAAAAAUAUAUAGCAACCCCACACCCCACAAAUUCCAAAAUCACAAACCUUCCUCCAUCCAUCAUCUUCUUCUUCCACAAACUCAUCUUACAACAACAUGUCAUCAUCAAGUAACAACCACCCAUUUCUUGAUCAUCAAUUCCCCCAAAUCAAGCCCUCAUUGCUAAUGAUGGGAAGCUGCAAAACCCUAAAAUGGAAGCCCUACUCCGCCAUUGAAGCAGCUCCGAGCUGCCCUCGAUGCCUCUCCUCCAACACCAAAUUCUGCUACUACAACAACUACAGCGUCUCCCAGCCUCGCUACUUCUGCAAGGCCUGCCGCCGCUACUGGACCAAGGGCGGCUCCCUCCGCAACGUCCCCGUCGGCGGCGGCUGCCGCAAGACCCGCCGCUCCUCCCGCGCCCUCAGCCGCCGGCCGCCCCCCUCGGAGAGCCUCGCCAACGCCGCCGCUCCUCCGAAACAUGAUGAUUAUGAGGGAUCUAACUUUGCGGCGGCGGAGAUGUUUGAGUGUGGAGGAGAUGUGGGUGUGAUCAACGGCGGCCAAGUGCAUGGGAGUUUUGACGGCGGAGAUUUCGUGUGCGAGAAUUUUGGGGUUUUUGAGGUUGAAGGGAUUGGUAUUGAGAGUGAGAUGUUUCCGAAUUUGGAGGGGUUUGGAUGCGGGCAGCCGCCAUUGAUGGAAAUGCAAGAAUUUGAGGUGUUUUCGAGUGGUGAUGAUCACAGUUUGAUGACUGACAAUUGGGGCUCCUUUGAUCUGUCGGCGUAUGAGAAUUUUUAGUUUUUUGUAUGUAGUUAUUUUUUCGGUAUAUUGUGAAACUUAAUUGCCUAAAUUCUUGAAUUUUUUUUAACCUUUAUAUUGAUGUUUGCCUAAAUUCUCGAUUUGUCUCUGGUGAACUUAAUUCUAUGGUAUGGUUUAAUAUUAGACAUAUACCUUUUAAGGUCUAUAUCCUAGUUAUAUUUAGAGAGCAAUCGUUUGUUUUUUGUUUUUGAAGAAAUACUCGUGAAAUGUACAAGUUUAACUAGGGAUGGGGGUUUAAAAAAAUGUUUCAUUAAUAUUUUCA